AGCCUUCCCUUUGCCUUCCCAUUUCACCAAAAAGAAUGCUACUUUUCUUUCUUCCUCCUUUUUCUUCUUUUUUACGUUUUCUACGGAGCCCUGAGAAACCCUAAAACCUUGAUCUCACCUGACCCAUUUCCCGUCUCGACCCGACCCGAUCUGGGUCCUAAUCCAUUUCCCCUUCUUCAACCAUGGGAAAACAGAUAAAGUAUUCGAACAAAAAUUAGAAGAAAAAAGUGAUAUUUUUCUUUUCUUUUUUUGGGUUUCAUUUGAGGCAGACAGAGAGAAGGGAGAAAUGUAUAAGAACCAGCUACAAGAGCUGGCCCAGAGGAGCUGCUUUAAUCUUCCUUCCUAUACGUGCAUUAGGGAAGGUCCAGACCACGCGCCGAGGUUCAAGGCCACCGUUAACUUUAACGGAGAAACCUUCGAGAGCCCUCAGUACUGUUCUACUCUCCGUCAAGCCGAACACUCCGCCGCCGAAGUCGCACUCCAAUCCAUCUCUAAUCGUGGACCUUCUCACUCCCUCGCCGCUAGAAUCCUAGAUGAGACGGGGGUUUAUAAAAACCUCUUACAGGAAAUAGCACAAAGAGUCGGAGCUCCAUUGCCGCAGUAUAUGACAUUUAGAUCAGGCCUUGGACACCUACCUAUUUUUACGGGAAUAGUUGAGUUGGCUGGAAUCAAAUUCACUGGGGAACCUGCUAAGAACAAGAAACAAGCAGAAAAGAAUGCAGCCAUGGCAGCUUGGACAUCUCUAAAACUAUUGGCAAAAGAAACCGCAAAUUCUUCUUCAGAGCCUGAGAACAACGAUGAGCUUGAACAGAUAACAAUAGCUCGGGCACUGUUGAAUUACCGAAUAAAGGAAAAGAUGGCCAUGUCAAACUCCUCCGGUGGCCCGAUACUAUUUACAAAGAAGUUUCCUACUCAGAAUCCUAGACCAACAAGUCCACAGUCUCCUGCUGCCACCUCAAAAAUCCUUCCUUUAAUCUGCCCCAAGGGGGUUCCUCGAAACAGGUCGAUGUCAGCAGCAGCAAGUGACAAGUCCAUACCGGCAUCAUCACAAACAUAUGUAGCUGAAAGCUGUGGUGCUCGUCCACUGAAAUUCCCUGCAGCUGGAGCAGCUCCUUAUGUCCCCAUCCGACAAUUAAGGACACCUUGCCAUGGCAUUGCUCCACCGGUGACAAUAAGAACUGCAGUGCCUGUUUUCUCUGCACCACCACGUCCAGCACCAUCGGCAGUAUCCCCUCAACCACCAGCAUCAGCACUUCCUACUUAUCCAGCACAGUCUGUUCUUCCCGUUCAACCACCAAAAUCUGUAGUUCCUCACCCAUCACCAUCUCCACUCCCCACCCAACUGCUGCUAGCUCCUGUACAAAUCGCCUCACCUGUCGCCAUUAGGCGGGCAGUUCCCAUAUUUGCCGCUCCACCGGUACUUAAAGAAAAACAAACCAUUCCUGUCGGAAAUGAAGAUACUGUGACUGUUACUGCUUCUGCCCUGCCCAACAAAUCACCUGCUCAAGCUGAGGAAGUUGCAAGAAAAACAUCAAAGAACCUGCAAGAAUCGGAGACGGUACAGAGUUUAGAACUACUCAAAAUCUGAUGGUGAUGAUGGAUCGAAUCCCGAAUUUGAGGCAAGAGAGCAAGAGUUAUGUGGUUGUGUUGGUAUCAAGUUUGUUUUAUUACUUUUGUAAUCUCAUAAGAGUGUUUUUAACUUAUCCUUUAUUUUUGACCA